AUGCCUGUCGUUUGCUCAAGUAGUCAUAUCACCGAAGCGAGCACCAGCUCGGUUAUCUCGGAUUAUCGUCGCACGAGAGACCCGUCCGUUAUCGGACCGCUCGUCGUCAGCCAAAGCCUCUACUCCCAUAGGCUGUCUCCGACCUGUACCUGCAUGGCAAACCCGUCAAUCACAACCAUCAGGGGUGGCACCGCCGUCCCUAUGCAGGCAUGCCGGAAGGCGCCGAACCCAGCACUGCUCGACAUGAGUCCCGAGACCGAGACGUCAACCACAGGCCCGGAAAGCAGGACACCAAGCAGUUCAGAUGUAGACCUCGACGGCGGUGUCAGGACGGGGGUCGCCGUUGGUAUUAUUGUGUUUGUCGUCGUGCUGGUUAUUCUAGGCUUGGUGACGACUGGGAAGCGGUGGAAGGGUAAGGAGGUGCAGAGAGGUGGAGAGCUGCCGCUUUGA